AUGCGGUCCAAGACUGACAAGACUGACAAUGCGGGGGGCCCAGGAGGGGAGGCAGCCGGCGGUCUGGCCUUGAAGCUGGUCAUUCUGAAGGCUAGAAACUUGGCCGCAAAAGAUCGUGGAGGCACUUCCGACCCAUAUCUUGUCAUCACCUCGGGUGAUAGUAGGGUUGUCACCCAUUCAGUCUCGAAAACCCUCAAUCCCGACUGGAAUGUAAUCGAAGAACUUCCUGUCAAUUCAGCUCAGAAUCUCCUCCUCGAUGUCAUCUGUUGGGACAAGGAUCGUUUUGGCAAGGAUUACAUGGGCGAGUUUGACAUAGCUCUCGAGGAGAUUUUCCAAAAUGAACGGACCGAGGCCGAACCACGCUGGUUUCCCCUAAAGAGCAAAAGACCUGGAAAGAAGACCAGUGUUGUCUCUGGCGAGGUCCUGCUGCAAUUUACCCUCCUUGACACGACCAACCCGGGUGCCUCCCCCAGAGAGAUUCUGGACAAGUUUUCCGCUCUUGUUCGCUCCAUUUCUGCAUCUAUGCCGUCGCCCAAACCACACUUGACUCCCGAAGCAAACCAAGGCGCGACAUCUAUGCCUGGCCAGGAAGAACCUGGCGACGAGGAGGACGAGGAUGACCUGACCGAAUUCGAUGAUGAAGAAGGCGAUGACCCAUCCAAGCCGGAGACGGCCGAAAAGAGGCGCCGUAGACUUAGGAUCAGGGGCCUGAGGAAGCGAAGAAGAGACAAUCCUUACGCCUUUAACAAUGGUGGUUCUGAUGUUGUAGGCAUCAUCUUCCUCGAGAUUGUCAAAAUCACCGACCUGCCCCCCGAGUCUAACCUCACGCGAACAAGCUUUGACAUGGACCCGUUUGUAGUUGCGUCCCUAGGCAAGAAGACAUACCGUACACGCCGUGUCAGGCACAACUUAAACCCAGUCUACAAUGAAAAAAUGAUUUUCCAUGUGCAGGGCCACGAGCAGACGUAUUCUUUUUCUUUCACUGUCAUCGACCACGACAAAUAUUCUGGAAACGACUUUAUCGCGUCUUGUAAUCUGCCGGUACCGCAGCUGAUCGAGAGGGCACCACAGGCCAACCCAGAAACUGGACUCUACGAACUACGGGAGCCGGAUGGACACACUCCCUCAGCAACUAGAUCCCGCUUCAAGAAGCUGGGCAUGUCUCGGUCAUCAUCCACACAAAGCUUGGGCAAAUUGAUGCGUACGCAGGUGUCGAAAAGCCCACCCAACACCAACACUUUGUCACAAAGCACCAGUGUUGAGACAAGUCAGACGCCAUCCGCCAUGACCCUCUCGCCAGUCUCUGAUGCACCUGCUAACCCGGCUGAGCCGUCAGACACUGUUGCUGAAGGUGAGGGUGCCGAUUUCCAUGACUAUGUGGUCCCCCUGAAGAUGAAGAAUUUGGAUAAAUGGGAGAGCAAACACAGCCCUCAGAUUUACCUCAAAGCCAAGUACAUGCCGUACCCAGCUCUGCGCCAGCAAUUCUGGCGGGCCAUGCUUCGCCAGUACGAUACUGACGAAAGUGGUGAGAUAAGCCGCGUUGAACUCACUACCAUGCUGGACACGCUGGGAUCUACUCUGAAGGAGUCUACAAUCGACAGCUUUUUCCAACGAUUCCCCCACAAAGCUGCUGACAACGAAGAGACGUGGGAUCUGACCAUGGAUGAGGCAGUGAUUUGCCUGGAGGACCAACUCGAGGCCAAGAGCAAGCCUACGACAGUUGCAGACAAGGUCAAGAGCCUGGUUCCGGACUUGAAGCAACUUGGAAUUCAUAACAAGCCAGACAUCACUGGGGAUCUAAGCUCUGCCAACGUGUCAGGUACUUCCACUCCCCAGAUCGUUGUUGAGCCAGAGACCCCCAUUGACCCCAAGGGCUCCGGAGGAGAGGAGAGUGACGAGUUUGGCGACAGAGACGAGGAACAUGUCGUAGAAAUUCGCGAAUGCCCCAUCUGUCACCAGCCGCGACUCAACAAGCGUAGUGAUACAGACAUCAUUACCCACAUUGCUACUUGCGCGAGCCAGGACUGGAGACAAGUGAACACAGUGUUGAUGGGUGGCUUUGUGACGGCCAGCCAGGCACAGCGCAAAUGGUACUCCAAGGUCAUUACCAAGAUCUCCUAUGGAGGUUACAAGCUGGGUGCCAACUCGGCCAACAUUCUGGUGCAAGAUCGCAUGACUGGCCAGAUCAAUGAAGAGAAGAUGAGUGUCUACGUCAGACUGGGUAUCCGGCUGCUGUACAAGGGCCUGAAGUCGCGUGAUAUGGAGAACAAACGAAUCCGAAAACUGUUGAAAAACCUGAGCAUAAAGCAGGGACGAAAGUUUGAUGACCCUGCGUCUAGGGAGGAAAUCGAAAAAUUUAUCGAGUUUCACGGUCUGGACAUGUCAGAAGUUCUCUUGCCGAUCGAAGAGUUUAAGAACUUUAACGAAUUCUUCUACCGAGCACUGAAGCCCAACGCUCGACCCUGCUCGGCACCCAAUAACCCUGGCAUCAUUGUGUCGCCAGCUGACUGCCGAAGCGUGGUCUUCAACCAGAUGACGCAGGCAACCAAGAUCUGGGUCAAGGGGAGAGAAUUCAGCAUCAAGAGGCUGCUAGGGGAUGCUUAUCCAAAUGACGCCGCUCGCUAUGAGAAUGGCGCGUUGGGCAUCUUCCGGUUAGCACCACAGGACUACCAUCGAUUCCACAUCCCCGUUGAUGGCAUCAUGGGCAAGCCAAUCACCAUUUCUGGUGAAUACUACACAGUGAACCCGAUGGCCAUCCGGUCGGCGCUCGACGUCUACGGUGAAAACGUGCGCAUCAUUGUACCGAUUGACAGUGUGGCUCACGGAAGAGUCAUGGUGAUUUGUGUGGGCGCAAUGAUGGUCGGCAGCACAGUCAUUACGCGAAACGCCGGCGAUGAGGUAAAGAGGGCCGAGGAGCUUGGGUAUUUUAAAUUUGGUGGCAGCACGGUGUUGCUACUGUUCGAGCCUGGCAGGAUGGUGUUUGACGAUGACUUGGCAGACAACUCAAGCACAGCGCUGGAGACUUUGAUCCGGGUGGGCAUGUCGAUUGGGCACUCACCAGAUGUGCCCCUACACACACCGGAUAUGCGCAAGAGCGAGGAUGAAAUCACCGAGGCAGAGAAGAAAGAGGCCAAGCGCCGCAUCCAGGGCAACUUUGCCAUGGAGCAGUCUCCCAGCGAUAGUGGCGACGACGAUGUCCCCAAGCGUCGAAUAUCUUAUGUGCCAACCAUGAACACAAUGGCGGCGUCGGCCAUGUAG